AUGGCUGUCCGUGUUGCCGCUUCGUGCCAGUGCAACAUGGCGGCCUCUGUUUUCGAGCUGUGGAGAUCUGCCGCCAACGAGAAAGUAUGUGAGAAUCUGGCUAAAGCGUGCGUUGCCGUAGUGGCCCUUGCCGUUGUCAAGUCUAUGAACUGCGUGAUGCGAUACUGUAUUGAGGUGGACCUCGUCACUAUAUCUCUCAAAGCAUACCAUGUACUAGCUACGAUCGCGUCGAGGCUGCGAGCAAACAUGCAGGGCCAAACCGGUAGGGACACGUGGUGUAAGCCGAUGGAUGAGGUGGUGCUGACUUGCUUACGAGUAUUAUGUGGAUUCUCCUUCCCCUUACCGGAUGGGAUUCGAGGAAACACAAAAGCAUCGAUAUCAACGACUGGCUCGGGCAGCAGUCGAUCCAUUGAGACCGUAGGCGAAAGUGGGGCGAAUGAUGGCGAAAGUUGCCUUGUGACGAUCAGCUGGCGCGAGGUGCAUGCGAUGAAGGCGCUUUUUGGCGCUGCACAUGUUAUGGAGGAAGAGCUUUCAGAGACGGAGUGGUGCGAGUUACUCGAGGGCUUUGAAAUCAUUGUGGACCUUACAGAUGCAAAGCGAAGGAAAGGACAGCAAAAGUUACCGACUAAAACUUAUCGAAUCAGGGCUUUUCGAAUCGAAGAUAAAGACGUUGAACAGCAGUUGGUGACGCUGAACAAUUCGGUCGUGGAUUUGAUUUGUGGUGCGCGUAAGAUGAGUAGUGCCGCUCAGCAAAAGCUGCUGAGUGCAGUAAGAAGGGUUUUGUGGAACCAAGUUAGCCCCCCAAUGCCGAGCAGAGGUUCGGAGUUUCUGUCGGAUUCGACUAGCACGGAAUCACCUACCGACGGAUGGAAGAUAGCUGAUGAAGGUGACUCAUCGAGCUCCAUAAGCUUCCACCGUAUGAAAUCUAUCAUAGCUACUUGGGUGUAG